CCCUCGCCCCCCCGGGUCCCUUCCGCGCCUCUUCCCUUCCCGCUUUCCCGGGAGAAACAUGGCCGGGAGCAGAGAGGAGGCGCCAGACUACGGGCGAGGCGUCGUGAUUAUGGAUGAUUGGCCAGGGUAUGACUUGAAUUUAUUCACAUAUCCACAGCACUAUUAUGGAGAUUUGGAAUACGUCCUCAUACCACAUGGCAUCAUUGUGGACAGAAUCGAGCGGCUGGCUAAGGAUAUUAUGAAAGACAUAGGCUAUAGUGACAUCAUGGUCCUGUGUGUGCUUAAAGGAGGUUACAAGUUCUGUGCUGAUCUCGUAGAACACCUGAAGAACAUCAGCCGAAAUUCAGAUCGAUUUGUCUCUAUGAAGGUUGAUUUCAUCAGACUUAAAAGCUACAAGAAUGACCAAUCCAUGGGUGAGAUGCAAAUCAUCGGAGGCGAUGAUCUUUCAACACUGGCUGGAAAGAAUGUUCUCAUUGUUGAGGAUGUCGUUGGGACUGGGAGGACCAUGAGAGCACUGCUCAGCAGCAUGGAGAAAUACAAGCCCAACACCAUUAAGGUAGCCAGUUUGUUGGUGAAGAGAACACCCAGGAGUGAUGGCUUUAGACCUGACUAUGCUGGAUUUGAGAUUCCAAACUUAUUUGUGGUGGGAUAUGCCCUAGAUUACAAUGAAUACUUCAGAGAUCUGAAUCACAUAUGCGUGAUCAACGAGCACGGUAAAGAAAAAUACCGCGUCUAAAGACAUAAAUUCUCACCACCGGAUUCCCAUGUAACUUGGUGCUCAAGAUGACAAGACACUCAAGCCAGCUGUACAGUUUGUCUCCCCAGGCAUCUUCACUCAGCAAGAUAAAAAAGAAAAAAAUGAAUGAGAGCACAUUCUUGUCCAAGAUUAUAAUAUAAAGAGCACCAAAGGAUCUUAAGCAAUGCUUUCAUUUGACUUGUUCCAAAUUAAACACUCCACCUGGUGACUCAGCCAGUUCUAUCUUCCUCACACUCCUGAGCUGUGCCUUCUUUUGUUGUGAUCCAGUCAUCAUGCCUGAUUGCUAUUCCCAGGAAUACCCCACCUAGUUACUCAAAUAUUUUUCACUUAACUUUUUUUAAUACUCUAUUUUGGUAAUAUUUUACAAUAUUAAGAACCCAGAAACCUUUUAACUUAACUCCUGAGCCCCAUAUGUUAGGAAAGCAAUCAGGCUCUCAUACUGAAAAAAGAGGGAAAGGACAAUUGAAUAUCAAUUUUUGUUUGCACAUUUCUGACAGGCCAUUAUUAUCUGCUUUGACAAAGCCUUUCUGAAAUGCAGUGUACAAUGAAUCUUAAUGAUGUUAUGAAAUGAGCCUGGGCUCGGGGCUCUUGUUCUGAGCUUCCGGUAUGUGAUGACGGUACGUCAUGUAUGCAUGGAUGUACUCAACUGUGUUUAAUACUCUGAAUUUUAAUUAGAGAAAACACAAUGGCGGCAAGGCUGUGGUUUCUAAGCUGCAUCCUUUUAUUCAUGUGGGACAUGAGCAAAUGGCAGAAUUAAGGGGGAAUGUUUUCAAAACUCAAAACUAAGCAAGUAUAAAUUUUUCCUCUAUUUGCGUCAAAGGACAAGACACUGUUCUGUUAGGUACUGUCCUAAACAUGAACACAGAGGUUGAAUUAUUCUUAAAGUAUCCUUGUAAGACUCAUCAUGAAAUUCAAGGCACUCUAGGAAACAAACUUACUUAAAGUUUUUGUGGAUAAGUUUUUUUUCAACUGUUUUAUAAGACAUUUUCUAAUUUAUGGGGAUUUGCAUUGAAAAUAAACUUGAGUGCCAGUAGAGCUGUUUUUAUUCACUUCCUAAAAAAAACAAAUGCAAAAUAAAUAAUUAAGCAGCCUUUGUUUGGUUCUGAACCAUAUGUGGUGUAUUGUUAUUAGGUUCUAGCUUCCUUUACACUAGUAAAGAAUAAGAAAAUGUGUUAUGUUUUAUAACUGCUUACUGCUUUUCCUCUGCCUUCAUACUUUUUAUAUACUUUGAGCUGUUAAAAUGUAUGUGAGUCAGUAGCUUAAAUAUACUACUCUAUAUACCUAUCCUGUGGCUUUAUUUUUGUUAACCUGGAUCAAAUCCAAUUUAUGCACUAGUAUAAGCAAACGAUUAAACCAGGCUAGAUCUGCUGGA